AUGAGCUCGACUGAAACUUCACUACGAGUUGUAGUUCGGGCUCGGCCGAUGAAUGCCAGGGAAACUCGCGAAGGGGCUCAACGUUGCAUAGAAUAUUUUGAAAGCACCGGACAAAUUUUGAUAAAUGGCGCUGCCUCAUUCACAUUCGAUAAGGUGUUCCCUGACACUGUCGAUCAGGAAAUGGUAUACGAAGAAACCGCCCAUCCGCUUUUAGAUCGUGUAUUUGCAGGAUUCAAUGCGACAAUUCUGGCGUACGGACAAACGGGAAGUGGAAAGACAUACACAAUGGGAACCGAAGACAACGAUGGGACUGACGAAAUUCGACGAGGAAUAAUCCCAAGACUAGUUAACAGUCUUUUCAAAAGGAUAAAUGCAACAGAUACACCAGAAUCUUUUAAAGUCACAGUUUCCAUGUUUGAGGUUUAUUCAGACAAUGUUUACGAUUUACUAAGACCCGAUAAAAUUAAACUAAACGUGCAUGGAGAUGAGAAAGGAUGCACUAUUGUGAAUCUGACCGCUGUGCCCGUAAUUGAUCUUAAAGGCGCAUUGAAGCAACUCGCGACGGGAUGCCAUUACCGAACAAAAGCUGAAACUGCAAUGAAUGCAAUGUCGAGUCGAUCUCAUGCAGUUUUCACGAUUGUUGUCGAAAAACAAGCAACGGACGAGAAUGAGCAAGCAUUUUCGUCAAAAUUGCAAUUGGUGGAUCUUGCCGGCUCAGAGCGCUUGAAAAAAACGGAAGCUGAGGGAAAUCGAAUGAAAGAGGGAAUUAAUAUCAAUUCGGGACUUUUAAUUCUCUCUCAAGUUAUUUCGGCACUCGCCACAAAGCAGAAACACAUUCCUUAUAGGAAUUCGGUUAUCACCAGAGUUCUUCAAGAUUCUCUUGGAGGCAACUCUUUUACAGUAUUCCUUGCUUGCAUUUCACCGGCGGACACUAACUCCCAAGAAACGUUGAACACACUUCGAUAUGCCGAUCGCGCCAAACAGAUUAAGAACAAGCCGAUUGUUAAUAAAAAUCCGAAGGCAGAAGAAGUUUCAUACUUGCGAUCGCAAAUCAAACGACUCGAGAAAGAGAAUGAGGAUCUUCGCAAGGGGAUCGCUCCUGGUGAAUCAAAAGUUGCCGAUCUCGCCAAAUCGGCUGAAAUUUUGGCUCUCAAGGAGGAGCUUGCGAUCAAGGAGGAUGAAGCCCGCGAGAGAUGUAUGAAACUCUCAGAAUGCAUUGUCAAGAUUAACGCGCUCAGCAAUCGCGUAGUUCGUCUUGAGAGCGACAAAUCGAAAAUGGCAUCAAUCAUCAACGAUCUUAAAACGAGCAUCACGAACGAGGAAAUGUUGCCGGCCAGCGAGAUCGUUGCAAACAUGGAGAAGAUACUCACUUCGGAAUCGGAUGCGACGGUGCUCGGCGACGAUGAUAAUGGUGAUGAAACGAAUUUGAUGGACGACACCCUCUAUGAUACCGAAAGGCUUCCUAAACUUCAACAAGAACUCGAUGAUAUUGAGCGUCAGAUCUCAUUGAAGGAUGAGAAUCGACGAAAAGAGCUGGAAACACAUAUGGAAAUUGUGCAAACAUUGCAGAAACGUGAGGAAGAAAAGACGCAGCUCGUUGUGCACAUCAGCGAGCUUGAGUCGGAGAUCGCCAAACUUCGGAAUGAGACGAAGAAGGUCACGAAUGUUACAAAGCUCUCCGAAGAACGAAGAUUGAAGCUGAAGGAACUUGAGAAGCAAGAGGCUGAAUCUAAGAAACGAUUGAACGAUAUGAGGAAGCUUCAGGAAACUAGUAAGAAAAUGGAAGAAGCCCAUAAACGACUUGAGGAAGAGCUAUCGAGACUAAAAAUGCAGCGAUUGCGUUUGCUUAAGGAGCAAAGAGCUGAGGCAAACAAGUUCAAAGCGUUCAAACUCAAACAUGAGCGUGAGAUGCAGCAAAUGAAGACGAAACAUCAGAAGCGGGAGCUCGAGGUUGCACGGCAGAAGAGGAUCGACGAGCAGAAAUUCUCUGUCCUCCAACAGCGGCUCGCGGAGUCUGUGCGAGCAAACAAGGCACUCAAGGAGUUGAACAUGAAACGUGCGAAUCGAAAAGGAACUCCUGUGCCGUCGAAUGAGCUACAGGCUGCCGUUGACGAGGAAUUCGAAGUGGAAGCCGCUUCACAUAAAUGCCAUUGUUUGGUGGUGGAGCUCAGAAAGCAGCGAAGUCAGAUUCAGGAGCAGAUCAACAAGACUGAAUCCGAGAAGUUUGAGGGACGCAAAAAGCGUCGCGUCUCAGCGGAUCCCGAUGUUUCUGUGGUUCUUGAAGGAGAGGAAGAGUUUGAGGAGGAAAGAAAGAAGAAGCUUGAAGCAUUGUACAGUUCGUUGAGCGACGUUAAUGCCCAAAUUGAGGACUUGCUCAAGAACUCGACAAUUUCGGAUAAUUCUGGAAAGUCGUCAAAGUUUGACAGAAUUCCGGCAGAGUUGAGACAAGUGUUUGAUGCGCUUCUUCACAAGGGAAUCUCGUUCAUGAAGAAAGAAAUCGAUCUCGAAUUCCAAAUAGCUAAACAGAGAAGCGAUUUUACUGCGAAAUUGGAGGCAAGGAAGAAGAAUGAGGAAGAACGAGUGAAGAACGACAAACUUUUGAACGAGAAGUAUGUGCAGCUCACCGAGAAUCUUGAAGCUUCGAAGUCCGAACUCCACCAGAAGCUCACUUUCCUCAUUCAACUUAUUCGAGCCGAUAAGAUUGAUGAAGCUGCGUUGAGGCAAUUUGAAGUGCUUCGAAAUCAAUAUUGCGACAUUGAGCAGAAAAUAAAGAAAUGCCGAGUAAGAAAGACAACUAAUUUUGUUGGAGGUCUUACACCGAAACCAGAAUUGAAGCGAAAUGAGCGAGCGAGAAAAGCGGUUGCCAGAUAUGGGAAUGCAAUUUCGUCGGAUGUUACCUUUGAUGAUUUUGCUUUGCCAAAACGCAACCGGUCGUCGAGAAGCUCAUCGCGAACCGAACUACUGAACAAGGUGACUGAUGAGAAUGUUCGGAAACGUGUGCCGAUGUCACCGAUUCGAUUCGACGAUGAGACGAGAUUAUCGGAAGACGAACAUGAGGAUGUCGAAAUGGCGAAUGAUGAAAAUCAGGUGUUCAACGCGACAUUUGUUAAAGACGGCAGCACGCCGAAAUCGCCUAGCCCACUUUCUGAGAAUAAUGGAACAUUUGUGAUCGGAGAAGCGCCGCCGGGCGCUGAGGACAUCAGCAUUCCGCCAUUGAGACGAGCAUCGCGUAAAACGACACUCGGACCAUUAUAA